AUGCCUGAACAGUCUUUUGACCAGACACCACCCAACCCACCUAGCUUAAUGCGGACGUCGCCUAUAACAGAGGAAUUUCCCCUCGUAGAAGCCGGGAGUUCAUCAUCUCCACUUGACUGGUUGUCUACCCAACAUCUUCCCAACCCAUCGAGAAUUGCGAUCUUAGUCGAACAGUAUUUUAUCAACAUCCACCCUUUGCGUGCCUUCGCUUUUAUCCACAAACCUUCUUUCCUGCAACGAUUGGAUGGGGAAAAUUCGAAUCACCAUAACCAUGCCCUUUUACAUGUUAUCUGUGCAUUGGGAGCACAGUUUUACACUCUGUCAUAUAGCGAGACAACAGCUGUACUUGAGCCCAACUUUGUCCUUCUUGCAGGCACCCAGUGGGCUAAAAUUGCUCAAAGACUUAUUCUUGAAACAUUAGAUCGCGUGACAAUUGAGAGUCUCAUGGCGGCCGUUCUGCUUCAUGACUAUGCGGUUCGGUUGGGGAACUUUGCCAACGCGUUCAUGCUAAGUGGACUCACUACACGCAUGACUCAGGCGCUACAGAUCAAUCUGGAAUACAACACCGACAUCCUAUGCCAGGAUACCGAUAAUGGUCUUCCAGUCACAGCAAAAGAGUCUCGUCGGCGGUUGAUGUGGAGCUGCUAUAUAAUGGAUGCUCUUGUCGGCAGCGGCGUAGACCAACUGACACUCAUGGAUGAAAGAGAUAUCAAGAUUCAACUUCCUUGCAACGAGCGCAAUUUCAUUCAGCAUGUCCCCUGUCUUACAGAAACUUUAUACCCUGGAAGUUGGCUCAAAAUCCUGCCGGAAGAUUCAGAUACAAAGAUCCUCUUGUCUAACAUGGGAAUAAUGGCGUAUUUUAUUCGACAUAUCUCAAUCCGCAAACGAGUUUUAAGAUAUAUCAAGCAUUUGGGAGACGCUAUGGUUCCAUGGGACCCUGCAUCGGAAUUUGCGCUUUUAGAUUCAGAUUGCCGGGCAUGGUAUGAGUCUCUACCAGCAAGUCUGCAAUUCACACCCGAUGCAAUAUACAUUCGCAAAGAUGCCUCGCAAUUAGGCGCACUGUGUUUACUCCAUUGCGCUCACUAUCAAACCGUCUGCGACCUAUAUCGAUUAGGGGCCCCGGCGCUUUACAAACUCCGGGCCGCUUUCGACUUCCCUCCUGAACAGGGAGACUUCCUUCAACAUCUGCAACAAGUUCUCUUCGAUGCAGCUCGGGCCUUGGCAACUAUUAUUGGUCAGGCGGCUGCGCAUGGUACUCGAAUGUUGGCAGACUCCUGGAUUCCCACUAUCGCCUAUGACAGCUGUCGGAUCAUGGUAUAUCAUUUGACUCAAAUCCUAGAUCCAAAUUCAGAUAAUGCAAAGGCUCUUGCACUAGCUGCCAUCCCCCUCCUUCGCAGUAACAUCAACGCACUGAAGUUAAUGGGAUCACUCAAUGCAAUCGCUACCUCACUGUCCUCCGCGGCAGAAACAAUGCUUGAUCGUUCCGGUAUUGAGUCCGAGUUGGUCUCCCAAAACAUCAUACCUGAUGACCCGUAUCAGUCAACUGAGGAGGAAGAGACUAGCACCAGCCCUCGAGGAACUCCCGCUCAAAGCGCGCCAGACUACGUACUCAAUCCACUGACAAUUUUCCGAAUGGCACGCAAAUCUAUACCGGAGCGACAUGUCCCCGAAAGGGCCGGCACUACAUCGGUACCUAAAGUUAAUAGUGCAGGGGAUAUUGAUCACUCCCCUUGCGAAGCUGUCGGGGACUCCGGGGCAGAGGGCGGUCACCCUGAGUUAGAAGUUGACCAACCGAGCCUUGAGGAGCUACAAACUUUAUUCAUGUCCGAUCUUGGCUGGGCAUGGCAGCCCGCAGACACGGCAGUUGGAUCAGGAACUGAGGGAGCUGGACUAUUGCCAUGGGCAGGUGGAUAUCCCACAACUCAAACACAACCCUGGCUGCCUGUGUUUCCAUUCCCCCAGCAAGGCUGA